GGAAGUGGAAAUAUUGAUAAAUAAAUGAAAUGAUGGAACUGAAAAACAGCUGAUAGUUGUUGGGAACUGGUGCUACAGUAGAGAUGGCAAUAGAUUUAUUCCUGAUAUCAACUAUCGAAUCAACUUUGUUUUGAUCGCUCAUAAAUAUUUUUAUUUUUUAUUUUUUAAUAAAAUUUAUUUUACUUUUAUUUACAAGUAUAUUAAUUAUUACAAAAAUUUGAAAUAUGUCUACUAAGUCAUCAGUAGAUUUAAGAGGAGAAUUAGCUGAGCUCGUUAAGCGCAAAGCUGAAAUAGCUGACACUUUGGCGAAUUUAGAAAGACAAAUUUAUGCUUUCGAAGGAAGUUAUCUUGAAGAUACACAAUUGUAUGGAAAUAUUAUACGUGGGUGGGAUAGAUAUUUAGCUAGCAAUAAAAAUACAAACAGUAAAGCAGACAAAAGAAAUAGAAAAUUUAAAGAAGCUGAAAGAUUAUUUUCUAAAUCUUCAAUCACCUCAAUGGCUGCUGUAAGUGGUCUGGGAGAAAAUACACAAGAAAAAAUUGAACGAUACAGUGAAUCAGAAUCUCAGCUUGGAAACAGCGGCAGUGAAGACAACUGCAACUAUAACAAUAGUGUGGUAACAUCGGGUAAUAGCAAAGACUCAAGUGGAAAGAAUCACACGUCCAUACAGUCUGGAUAUUUACAAAACAACGGCACAUUGAGCAACAACGAUGCCAAUGUUACAUUUACAAAUGGCCCAUUGUCAAAUGGUAGUCUAGAACAUAUUUCUACGCCUGCUAAAGAUGGACAUAGCAAUAGCAAAGAAGCCACUAAAAAUAGAUCAUCAAAUAGCGCUAAGAAAAAUAAUAACAAGAGAUCUCGAAAUAGAUAGAUUUAUUAAUUAUUAUUAUUAAUAUUAAUAUUAAUUGUUAUCACAUAAUUAUUAUUAUUAUUAUUAUUAUUAAUCAUUCAUCUAGUACUUUGGAUCAAUCUUUACAAUUCAUAAUCACAUAAAAUUAAUUCCACGUACGUA